GCUCACUUCAGCCAGGACUCUGAGCUAAACUUAAACAUAGUUAUAAUGACGCACUUAUUUUUUUGUCUUCAUCACUUCAAAUUGCGGCUUAACCUUGUGGGGUCUGCAAAAAGGCCCCACAGAGACAUAAGGGCCCCACAAGUGUUCUAUCCAAACUUGCUGAAACGCACGCACAAGUCGGGCUAUCAAGCACAACCUUCUCUAAAUGAAUUUAUUGUAUUGCCUCCAGUUGAAAAGUAACCAGUUGGACAUGUUAUUCAUCAAACUGAAAGGGUAAAUUACAAACAGUAGUGUGCAGCGUCUGCGUCGAGAAUUCUCCACUGCGCUUUCAGCUCCGCAGCCAAAAGGAAUCAUGGCAUCGGUGACGCUCCCCGGACGUCGAGAGGUUUUGGACGUGAGCUCUGGAGACUCCCACAAGGCAGGAAUGAAGCCCGUCACCUUCAUCCGACAGGUGCUGGCGGCGUGUCUCCACCCGGAGCUGCUGAACUACAACAUUCUGCCGGCAGAUGUCGCUGACAGAGCACGAGAGUUUCUGGAAGCCUGCGACGGUGGGAGCGUGGGUUCCUACACCCCCUCCUCUGGUCUGACCCAUGUCCGGAGAACCAUCGCCGAGUUCAUCACCAGACGGGACGGAGGAGUGCCGUCACGUGGCGAGGACGUCUUCAUCGCCAGCGGCCGUCACAGAGCAAUGACGGUGAUAUUCAAACUGCUGUCCGGAGCUGAGGGUCAGACCCGGACCGGUGUCCUGGUCCCCUCUCCCGGCCCUCACGCCCUGCCGAUGCUGCUGGACCACACACGGGUGACACUGGUGCCCUACCAGCUGAGAGAGGACCGGAGUUGGGCUGUGGACCUGGAGGAACUACAGCGAUCGCUGAAGGCCGCCAGGGGGCGCUGUAACCCGAGAGCCAUUUUCAUCAGCAAUCCUGGAGACCCGACAGGUCAUGUGCAGGAGAAGAGAUCCAUCCAGGAAGUGAUCCAGUUUGCAUCCGCCAACCGACUCCUCCUGCUGGUGGACGAGGUCUUUCAGGACAAUGUGUUUGGAGCAGAGCGCGAGUUUGUGUCCUAUAAGAGAGUCUUGUUUGAGAUGGGUGAGGAGCACCGCAGCACGGUGGAGAUGGUCUCCUUCCACGGACUUGCCGCUCCGUGCCUCGCAGAAUGUGGCCUGAUGGCCGGCUAUAUGGAGGUGGUCAACAUGGAUCCUCAGGUGAAGAUGUUCGUCGACACAACGUUAACCGCCGACAUCAAUGCGCCGGUCAGCGGACAGCUGGCUCUGGACAUGAUGCUCAACCCACCUCAACCUGGAGAACCGUCUUGGCCCAAAUACACACAGGAGACUCUUCAUGUCCGGACGGCAAUUUCUGAUAAUGCUAACCGAGCUCUGGAGCUCCUCAACGGUCUUCCCGGCGUGAGCUGCCUGCCCGUGAGCGCCGGAAUCUUCCUCUACCCUCAUCUACGUUUACCUCCAGAGACUUGGGAUCAGGUCGAGAAUUCGGCUGCCAGUUGGUACUGCAGAAAACUUUUGGAAGAAGAGAGCGUGUUGGUCGGUGCUGGACACGAGGACUCGAUGGGCAGCUUCCACUUGAGACUCUGCAUUCUUCUGCCGAGCGAAACCCUGGAGGACGUUCUGACCCGUCUCAAGUCUUUUCACCUCCGUCACUUUGGUCGACAUGAAGUCAGAUCCACAGCACCUGCAGCUCGCGGCAGAGGCAUGAGCUCCACACUGGAGGUGAACCCUGUGGUCCGCAGGAUCAGGUCCCAGACUGGCCUGAAGGAUCGGGCGGCGCAGUUGGCACAGCAGGUGGCACAGGGGGUCCAGAAGCCAUUCACCAGGGUCAUCGACAUCAGCUGUGGUGACUCCCACCAAGUGGGAAUGUCACCCACCAAGUUGGUUCGCCAGGUUUUGGCGGUGUGUCUGCACCCUGACCUGCUCCAGGACCAAAGUCUCCCUCAGGAUGUCCGACAGAGGGCCCAGAAGCUGCUGGCAGCCUGCGGCGGAGGCAGUGUGGGUUCCUACUCCCGAACAUCUCGUGGAAUCCCACAAGUCCACAGAAGUAUCGCCGAGUUCAUCACGCGGCGGGACGGCGGCGCCCCUUGCAGCCCCGACAACAUCAUCUUCUGCUGCGGCUCCCAACGGGCUUUACUGCUGUUUGGGCACUUGAUGGCGAGUGGCGAGGGAAAGACCCGGACCGGGAUGUUGACGCCCUCUCCCUGCCCCCACACUCUGCCUAUGCUGCUGGAUGAGUGCGGGCUGGUCAUGGAGUCCUACCACUUAAAGGAGGACAACAACUGGGCCAUCGACCUGGAGGAGCUUCAUCGAGCUCUGAAGGACAGUAGAGGGCGCUCCGAGCCGCGAGCCAUUUACAUUAGUAACCCUGGAAACCCAACAGGUCACGUCCAAGUCAGAGAGACAAUCGAAGACGUGAUCCGAUUCGCUGCAGCUGAGCGGCUCGUCAUACUGGCAGAAGAGGUCUACCAGGACAGCGUCUACGGGGAGGACCGAGAGUUUCUGUCCUACAGGCGAGUCUUGCUGGAGAUGGGGGCCGGAUACGCAGACACGGUGGAGAUGGUCUCGUUCCACUCUCUGUCCAGUGCCUGCAUGCAGGAGUGUGGCCUCAGAGGAGCCUAUAUGGAAACUAUUAAUCUGGACCCAUCGGUCAGUGCAUUUCUACAGAACAUGCAGGCGACCUCCUCCCCUGCGAUUCUGCCUCAGCUGGCGAUAGACGUCAUGGUGACUCCGCCCACUCCAGGAGAACCGUCUUAUGAAAACUACCGACAGGAGGUGGAACAAACUCUGACGACUCUGGCGGAGAACUCACGGAGAGCCUGUGAGCAGUUGAACAGUAUCCCGGGAAUCAGCUGUCAGUCAGCAGGAGGCGGGAUCUUCCUGUUUCCUUGUGUGCAACUUCCUGUCUCCUGGAUCAACGAAGCCAAGAUCUGCGGCCUGCAGCCCGACCAACUGUACUGCCAACGAUUUCUGGAGGAGGAAGGAGUUUGUUUGGGAGCAGGAAGUGAAAACAACAAAGGUUUCCACCUGAGGAUUUGCAUUCUGGUUCCACCGCCUCUGCUGGAUGAGGUUCUGCUGCGCCUACAGUCGUUCCACCACAGGAUUCUCAACCUUUAAGUGAACACAACUUCGGAGUGUCACGAUCAACAACGAUGCAACAGAUGGUCAACGAUCAUGCUGCUUUACAAUAAAUC